UGGUCACUCUAAGAAGACAGAGGAAUGAUUUGUUCAUGAUUUUGUGUGCAGUUGCAAUGUGUAGGACAGAAGCAGGACCAACAGAAGGUUUGGGAAAAAUAAUACAAAGAUUUCCCCAGAAGGACUGGGAAGACACUCCUUUUCCACAGGGAAUAGAGUUGUUUUGCCAGCCUGGAGGAUGGCAGCUUUCAAAAGAGAGAAAACAGCCAACGUUCUUCGUGGUGGUUUUGACUGACAUAGACUCAGAGAGGCACUACUGCUCCUGCUUAACUUUCUAUGAAGCAGAGAUUAACCUGCAGGGAACGAAAGAAAUUGAAGGUGAAGAGGAGUCUGGUUUAAUUCAGCCUGCAGAAGUAUUUGCUCCUAAAAGCCUGGUGUUGGUGUCCAGACUAGAUUAUCCAGAAAUUUUCAGGGCUUGCCUUGGCUUGAUCUACACCGUGUACGUGGACAGCCUGAACGUGUCACUGGAGACACUCAUUGCAAAUCUGUGUUCAUGCCUUGUCCCUGCUUCUGGAGGGUCUCAGAAAUUGUUUUCUUUGGGAGCUGGAGACCGACAGCUGAUACAGACCCCUCUACAUGAUAGCCUUCCUGUAACAGGCACCAGUGUGGCUCUUCUCUUUCAGCAACUAGGAAUCCAAAAUGUACUCAGCUUGUUCUGUGCCGUGCUUACAGAAAAUAAGGUUCUCUUUCACUCAGCAAGUUUUCAAAGGCUCAGUGAUGCCUGUAGGGCUCUGGAGUCUUUGAUGUUUCCCCUCAAAUACAGUUAUCCCUAUAUUCCAAUUCUUCCUGCACAGCUGCUGGAGGUUCUCAGCUCCCCAACACCUUUCAUCAUUGGGGUUCAUUCUGUCUUUCGCAAUGACAUUCAUGAGCUUUUAGAUGUAAUCAUAGCAGACCUGGAUGGAGGAACAAUUAAAAUUCCUGAAUGUAUUCAUCUGUCCCAGCUGCCAGAGCCACUGCUACACCAGACUCAAAUGGCCCUUUCUCUGGUUUUGCAUCCUGAUUUGGAAACAGCAGAUUAUGCAUUCCCUCCCCCACGAACAGCUUUAUCACACUCAAAAAUGCUGGACAAAGAAGUGAGAGCAAUCUUCCUGAGGCUAUUUGCACAGCUUUUCCAAGGAUACCGGUCGUGUCUUCAGCUGAUCAGAAUUCAUGCUGAACCUGUCAUUCACUUCCAUAAGGCAGCCUUCUUGGGCCAGCGAGGCUUAAUUGAGAAUGACUUUCUGACCAAAGUCCUCAAUGGAAUGGCAUUUGCUGGCUUUGUGUCAGAGAGGGGUCCUCCCUUCAGAACCUGUGAUCUUUUUGAUGAGUUGGUGGCCUUUGAAGUCGAAAGAAUUAAAGCUGAAGAGGGAAAUCCACCAAAAAUGAUAAAGCAUGUUAGAGAACUUGCAGAACAGCUCUUGAAAAAUGAGAACCCCAAUCCCCACAUAGCAUUCCAGAAGGUGCCACGGCCCACGGAGGGCUCUCACUUGCGCGUUCACAUCCUGCCUUUCCCCCGCAUCAACGAGGGCCGGGUGCAGGAGCUGCUCCAGGAGGGGCUGGCCAGGAGUCAGGGUGUCCCCUCUGCCACCCGUGGGGACAAGAAGUGUGUGGUUCCAGCAGGUCCCCCUGUGGUUUCCAUAAUGGAAAAAGGAAGCACAGUUUUCAACAGUGCACAAAGGCUGGAAGUUGUUAGAAACUGCAUCUCGUUCAUUUUUGAAAACAAAUUUUUGGAGACUGAAAAGACCCUGCCUGCAGCUCUGAGAGCCCUGAAAGGCAAGGCAGCUCGGCACUGCCUGACUCAGGAGCUAGGCCAGCAUGUCAAAGAAAACCGAGCAAUCCUGGACCAUCAGCAGUUCGACUACAUUGUGAGAAUGAUGAACUGUGCUUUGCAGGAUUGUUCAUCUUCAGAAGAAUACAGCAUUGCUGCAGCAUUGCUGCCUCUGACAACUGCCUUCUAUAGGAAAUUAGCACCUGGGGUUAGUCAAUUUGCUUACACCUGUGUACAAGAUCAUCCUAUCUGGACUAACCAACAGUUCUGGGAAACAACCUUCUAUAGCAAUGUGCAAAAUCAAGUUCGCUCCCUCUACCUUACAGCCAAAGAUGACAACCAUGCAGUACAGUUGAAACAAAAGGAGAAAACUCCUGCAGACCAGGAUAAGACAGCGAUGGACCUGGCUGCUGAGCAGCUGAGGUUAUGGCCAACACUUAAUAAACAGACACAGCAGGAGCUAGUCCAGAAUGAGGAAAGCACAGUUUUCAGCCAGGCCAUUCAUUUUGCCAACCUCAUGGUCUACCUGCUGGUCCCGCUGGAUACAAGCAAGAAUAAGCUGCUGAGAACAUCAGCUACCGGGGACUGGGAGAGUGGAAGCAACAGCAUUGUCACAAACAGCAUUGCGGGCAGCGUUGCAGAGAGUUACGACACUGAGAGUGGGUUUGAGGACUCGGAGAACAACGAUGUUGCAAAUGCAGUCGUGCGCUUCAUCACCAGAUUUAUUGACAAGGUUUGCACAGAAAGUGGGGUCACACAGGAUCACAUCAAAGGUCUGCACUGCAUGAUACCAGGCAUUGUAGCAAUGCACAUAGAGACUCUGGAGGCUGUUCAUCGUGAGAGUAGGAGGCUUCCACCAAUACAGAAGCCCAAAAUUCUACGACCAACUUUACUGCCAGGAGAGGAAUUUGUUUGCGAAGGUCUCCGUGUGCUGCUGGAUCCUGAUGGCAGAGAGGAAGCCACAGGAGGACUGCUUGGAGGUCCUCAUAUCCUCCCUGCUGAAGGAGCUUUGUUCCUUACCACUUACAGAAUUAUAUUUAAAGGCACUCCUCAUGAUCAACUGGUUGGGGAGCAGACCGUGAUCCGGAGCUUUCCUAUCGCCUCCAUGACCAAGGAAAAGAAGAUCAGUAUCCAGAACCAGCUGCAGCAGAGCAUGCAGGAAGGGCUGCAGAUCAGUUCAGCCACUUUUCAGUUAAUUAAAGUAGCAUUUGAUGAAGAAGUAAGUCCCGAAGUGGUGGAAAUAUUUAAGAAACAGUUGAUGAAGUUCCGUUAUCCUCAGUCCAUCUUCAGCACUUUUGCCUUUGCAGCAGGGCAAACAGCACCACAGAUAAUUCUACCAAAACAGAAAGAAAAGAACACUUCAUUCCGUACCUUCUCCAAAAGCAUUGUGAAGGGAGCAAAACGUGCUGGGAAGAUGACAAUUGGGCGCCAGUACUUAUUGAAGAAGAAAACAGGCACGAUAGUGGAGGAAAGAGGGAAUCGGCCUGGCUGGAAUGAAGAUGAUGAUAUCUCUGUUUCAGAUGACAGUGAGCUGCACACCAGUGGUACCCUGAAAGCAUCAGAAAAAUCAACCAUGGAGCAAUUAGUAGAAAGAGCCUGUUUUAGGGACUAUCAGCGUUUGGGGCUGGGGACCAUCAGCACUAAUUCUUCUCGCUCAAAAACAGAAUACUUGAGAAUAACUGCACUGAACAGGAUGUAUUCCCUCUGCAGGAGUUAUCCUGGGCUGCUGGUGGUGCCCCAGUCUGUGCAGGACAGCAGCCUGCAGAGAGUGGCUCGCUGCUACCGCCACAAUCGCCUGCCCGUUGUCUGCUGGAAGAACACUAAAAACAGCACUCUGCUGCUGAGGUCUGGGGGCUUCCAUGGAAAAAGUGUGGUGGGCCUCUUCAAAUCCCAAAACACACAUCCCACGGCUCCCGCUUCUCUAGAAUCUUCAAGCAGUAUAGAACAGGAGAAAUACCUACAAGCCUUGCUGAAUGUGAUAUCCGUCCACUGCAAAAUGAAUGGCAGUAAUACACUCACUGUUAGCCCAACCAUUGCUCUGUCUCCAGGCACUGAAACGAGGGCUUCAAGAAUGUCUACUGUGUUUAAGCAGGUAGUGCCAGGACAUUUGGAUGUAAAUCUAUCCAAUAGCUUUGCUCGAGGAGUGCUUGGGUACAGAGAUAAAUGUUUCACUCAUUCCAAUUCCAAAUCAGCAACUAAGGAAAGAGUCCAUCAAGGUGUAUGGGCGAGUCUUCGUUCCAGCAACCGAUUUAUCAACACUCAGACUCCAUUCAUUGAUGUGGGUGCAAGACUUGCAGGGAAAGAUAACACCCCUCCCUACAGCAGCAGCUCUUUCCUGCAAAGUCAGCUUCUGAGGAGACAAGCAGCCCUUUAUAUAUUUGGAGAAAAAUCUCAGUUACGGGGCUUCAAACUUGAUUUUGCUUUGAAUUGUGAAUUUGUUCCUGUUGAAUUCAGUGACAUCCGACAGACAAAGGCGAGCUUUAAAAAGCUGAUGAGAGCUUGUGUUCCCAGCACUAUUCCUACUGAUUCUGAGGCAACAUUCCUCAAAGCACUUGGGGAGUCAGAGUGGUUCCCACAGCUUCACAGGAUAAUGCAGCUGGCUGUGAUCAUCUCUGAACUCCUGGAAAAUGGUUCUUCUGUUUUGGUUUGUUUGGAAGAUGGCUGGGAUAUUACUGCUCAAGUGGUGUCUCUGGUGCAGUUACUCAGUGAUCCCUUCUACAGGACUCUGGAAGGUUUCCGAAUGCUGGUGGAGAAGGAAUGGCUCUCCUUUGGUCAUAAAUUCAGUCAGCGCAGCAAUCUGACCCUCAACUGUCAGGGCAGUGGAUUUGCUCCUGUUUUCUUACAGUUCUUAGACUGUGUCCAUCAGAUUCAUAACCAAUACCCGACAGAGUUUGAGUUCAAUCAAUAUUAUCUGAAGUUUCUGGCUUUUCAUCACAUAUCAAAUCGAUUUAAAACAUUUCUUCUGGAUUCAGAUUAUGAAAGACUAGAACAUGGAACAUUAUUUGAAGAUAAAGGAGAUAAGCAUGCCAAGAAAGGAAUUUGUAUUUGGGAAUGUAUUGAAAAGAUGCAUAAAAGGAGCCCUAUUUUCUUCAAUUACCUCUAUGCCCCUGCUGAAAUCGAGGCACUGAAGCCAAAUGUAAAUAUGUCCAGCCUCAAAAAGUGGGAUUAUUAUGUAGAAGAGAUUUUGGCUACAGGACCUUCCUAUGAUUGGACCAUGGUACCUGCAAAGUGCAGUGUUUCAGAAGAAAAUGACCAAACAGAUGGUUCAGUCUCUCAGAGUAAGAGGAAAAUAGUGUGGCCGUGUUAUGAUGAUGUAAAAAAAAUACAGCCUGAUGCCAUCACCAGCCUUUUAAAUGAAAUCGAAAGGUUGGAAAGUAAAUUAAACCAGAGCCCAGAGAGGUGGCAGCUGUUGUGGGAAAGGGUCAAAAUUAAUCUAAAGGAUGACACCAGACAAGACAAUCUCCGGAGACAUCCUUCUGGCUCCUCAGGGAUGAUGUCUCCUAAUCUGCAUUCCUAUCAAAAGAGGUCUUUGUUGGAAAUACCUGACAGUGGGCUGGGUGAGGAGCAGAGUUCAAGCAUCUCUCCCUCUAAUGGGGUAGACAGAAGAACAACGACGCUGUACAAUCAUUUCACAUCAAAGAAUGAUGAAAAUAGAUCUUUUGAAGGUACGCUGUACAAAAGAGGAGCUUUGCUGAAAGGUUGGAAACCUCGCUGGUUUGUGCUGGAUGUGACAAAACACCAGCUGCGAUAUUAUGACUCUGGUGAGGAUACGAGCUGUAAGGGACACAUAGACCUUGCAGAGGUGGAAACUGUGAUUCCUGCUUCUCCAACAAUUGGAGCUCCAAAACAUGCCAGUGAAAAGGCAUUUUUUGAUCUGAAGACAAAUAAACGUGUGUAUAACUUUUGUGCCCAAGAUGCACAGAGUGCUCAACAGUGGAUGGACAGGAUCCAGAGUUGCAUUUCAGAUGCAUAGAAAGGAGAAAAAUGUUCCAUGAUAAAGUCCCAUUUAAAGCACCUCAUCCUGGAAGAAACUGAGUUCUGGAAUGUUACUGACACACAACCCGCCUUCCUUACAUUUCAGCCAUUAAAGUUCAUAAUAAGUUCUUUUCUGUUUAAUAAUUAUAA